CCCCCCCCAAAAACCCCCCCCCCCCCCUUCCCCCCCGCCCCCUUCCCCCCCCACCCCCCCUCCCCAUCCCCCCCCCCCCCCCCCCCCCCCCCCCCCCCUUCCCCCCCUUCUCCCCCCCUCCCGGGUUUCCCUCACCCCCCCUUUCCCCCCCCCAAAAAACCCCCCCCCCCCAAACCACUUUCCCCCCCCCCCCCCCAAACUUUUUUUUCCCCCCCCCCCCAAAAACCCCCCCCCCCUCCCCCAAAAAAACCCCCCCUUUAAAAAAAGCCCCCCCCCCCCCCAAAAAAAAAAAAAAAACCCCCCCCCCCCCCCCCCCCAAAAAAACCCCCCCCCCCCAAAAAAAAAAAAAAAAACCCCCCCCCCCCAAAACCCCCCCCCCCCCCCCCCUCCCCCCCCCAAAAAAAAACCCCCCCCUUUUCCCCCCCCCCCCCCUUCCCCCCCCUUUACCCCCCCCCCCCCCCUUCCCCCCUUUUCCCCCCGGGGAAAAACCCCAAAAAAAAAAACCCCCCCCCGGGGGAAAAAACCCCCCCCCCAAAACCCCCCCCCCAAAAAAAAAAACCCCCCCCCCCCCCCAAACCCCCCAAAAACCCCCGGGGCCCCCCCCCCCCCCCCCCCCCCCCCCCCCCCCCCCAAAAACCCCCCCCCCCCCCCCAACCCCCCUUUCCCCCCACCCCCCCCCCCCCCCCCCCCCCCACACCCCCCCCCCCCCGCCCGACCCCCUUUUCCCCCCCUCUCCCUUCCCCCCCCCCUCCCCUUUUCCCUCCCCCCCUCUCCCCCCCUCCCCCUCCCCCCUCUCCCUCUCUCCCUCUCUCCCCUCUCCCUUCUCCCUCCCCUCCCUCUCUCCCUCCCCCCUCCCCGCCUCUCUCCCUCCCCUCCCCCUCUCCCCCCUUCCCCCCCUCUUUUCCCCCCCUUCUCCCUUCUCCCUCUCCCCCUUUUCCCCUCCCCCUCUCUCCCUCUCUCCCUUCUCCCUCUCUCCCUCCCCCCUUCCCCUCUCUCCCUCUUUUCCCUCUCUCCCUCUCUCCCUCUCUCCCUCUUCCCUCUCCCCCCUCUCCCCCCUCUCCCCCCCCCUCCUCCCCACCCCCCCCCCCCCCCUCCGUAAUUAACCGUAAACCAAGACCGAACCCCCCCCCCCCCCCCCCCCCCCCCCCCCCCCCCCCCCCCCCCCCCCCCCCCCCCCCCCCCCCCCCCCCCCCCCCCCCCCCCCCCCCCCCCCCCCCCCCCCCCCCCCCCCCCCCCCCCCCCCCCCCCCCCCCCCUAUAUUACGUAAUCAAGCCCAAGGUUGACCCAGCCAUCCUUAUAAACUAA